AUGAACAGAUAUUUUUCUAAAGUAUCUUCCAAUCUUCCAAAAUCAAGCUCAACAUCUCAAAAUCCUUCUAACUUAAGAGAAGAAGGUGCCAAUGAUUUGCAACGAGGCCGACAAAGUGAAAAAGUUCAUUUAUAUUCCUUAGAAUUUGAUCCAGGGGAAAGAUUAGCAAUUCAAAAAUAUCAUCCAAAUGAUCGUGAUGCAAUAAUAAGAGUGUAUCUUCAAAACGGUCCUUUCCGACCUCAAAAUCACAUGUUUCCUCAAACAAAAUUUUAUGGUGAUUUUCGUCAUUUUAAUUCUCAAUGGUUUGAUGAGUUUGACUGGCUGGAGUAUAAUGUAACAAAAGAUGCAACAUUCUGCUUCUAUUAUUAUUUGUUUCAAGAUGAAUGCAUUAAUCAAAGGGGAGGAGAUGUAUUUUCAACUAUAGGGUUUACAAGUUGGAAUAAGAGGCGUAGUCUUAAUGAGCAUGUAGGUAAACCAAAUAGUGUUCAUAAUCAAUCAAGACAGAAUUGUGAAGAUUUGUUGAGACAAAAACAAUCCAUUCGAAGUGCAUUUACUAAAUCAACUGAUCAACAACAGUUAGACUAUCGUACUCCUUUGGAAGCUGCAAUUAAUGUGAUAAGAUAUCUUUUGAAGCAAGGAUUUUCAUUCCGGGGCCAUCGUGAAGAUGUAUCAUCUUUUAAUAAAGUUGAUAAAUCUCGCGACGUGUCAUGUAAGGAACAAAUGGAAAUUGUUUUGCGGUACGUUGAUAGAAGGGGAAGUGUGACAGAGCGAUUUAUUGGUAUUGUUCAUGUUCGUGAUACUACUGCUUUGUCUCUAAAGAAGGGAAUUGUUGCUUUACUUUCUCAAAAUUCUUAA